AUGGUGCUAGCAUGGAAAGAAGAACACUUGGAUCUUGUCCUAGUCCCAAGUGGUCUCAUCAUCAUGCUUGGUUACCAUCUCUUUCACCUUCACAAAUGCCUUAAUUGUCCCGAGACCACGGUCAUCGGCUACGAAAAUCAUAACCGGCGCGCUUGGGUAGCACGAAUCUUGCAGGUCGAGCCGAAGGAGAGAGGCCAAGCAAUUUCCAUCAUAAGCUCCAACAUAUCUGCCGCCACGUCACUAGCCUCAAUCUCCCUUGCGUUGAGCUCCCUUAUUGGCGCGUGGAUCGGGAGCUCGUACCACGAUGAAUACCUAACCAACGCGGUGUACGGAAACACGAGUCCCAUGGUUGCCUACGUCAAGUACGUGUCUCUACUCGCGUGCUUCAUGGUAGCCUUCGUGUGUUUUGUCCAAACGGCUAGGAGUUUCGUGCACGCCAAUUUCCUCAUAAGCAUGCCGAAUUGUGAGAUGCCCGUAGAAAACGUCGAGGGGCCGGUUGUUAAAGGGAGCAACUUUUGGGUCGUUGGAUUGAGGUCUCUUUAUUUCGCGACGAAUUUGUUAUUUUGGAUUUUUGGGCCGAUCCCGAUGUUUGUUUGCUCAGUGGUCUCGGUCGUGGUUCUACAGUUUUUGGAUCGGAACGCGACCCCACUGCCUCGGUUUGGUGAUAGGUCAGUCAUGAGGUAUGAGGAAUUCGAGAAGUUUGGCAAGGAAGUGGGUGAAGAUGUUGGGAAUGUCGAGCAUUACCGUGAGGAAUCGAUGACUAGUCCAAAUGGGGCUUCGAUCUUCCAGAAACAAUGA